CCUCAUUCUUCUCCUUCCUGCUGCCAUGUAAAGAGGAUGUGUUUGCUUCACCUUCUGCCAGGAUUUUAAGUUUCCUGAGGCCUCCCCAGUCCUGUGGAACUGGCUCCGGCUGGCACCUGAGGAGCGGCGUGACCCCGAGGGCCCAGGGAGCUGCCCGGCUGGCCUAGGCAGGCAGCCGCACCAUGGCCAGCACGGCCGUGCAGCUCCUGGGCUUCCUGCUCAGCUUCCUGGGCAUGGUGGGCACGUUGAUCACCACCAUCCUGCCACACUGGCGGAGGACGGCGCACGUGGGCACCAACAUCCUCACGGCCGUGUCCUACCUGAAAGGGCUCUGGAUGGAGUGUGUGUGGCACAGCACAGGCAUCUACCAGUGCCAGGUCUACCGGUCCCUGCUGGCGCUGCCCCAAGACCUCCAGGCUGCCCGUGCCCUCAUGGUCAUCUCCUGCCUGCUCUCGGGCAUAGCCUGCGCCUGCGCGGUCAUCGGGAUGAAGUGCACGCGCUGUGCCAAGGGCACACCCGCCAAGACCACCUUUGCCAUCCUCGGCGGCACGCUCUUCAUCCUGGCCGGCCUCCUGUGCAUGGUGGCCGUCUCCUGGACCACCAACGACGUGGUGCAGAACUUCUACAACCCGCUGCUGCCCAGCGGCAUGAAGUUCGAGAUUGGCCAGGCCCUGUACCUGGGCUUCAUCUCCUCGUCCCUCUCGCUCAUUGGUGGCACCCUGCUUUGCCUGUCCUGCCAGGACGAGGCACCCUACAGGCCCUACCAGGCCCCGCCCAGGGCCACCACGACCACUGCAAACACCGCACCUGCCUACCAGCCACCGGCUGCCUACAAAGACAAUCGGGCCCCCUCAGUGACCUCGGCCACGCACAGCGGGUACAGGCUGAACGACUACGUGUGAGUCCCCACGGCCUGCCUCUCCCCUGGGCCGCUGUGGGCUGGGUCCCCGGCAGGACUGUCAAUGGAGGCAGGGGUUCCAGCACAAAGUUUACUUCUGGGCAAUUUUUGUAUCCAAGGAAAUAAUGUGAAUGCGAGGAAAUGUCUUUAGGGCACAGGGACAGAGGGGGAAAUAAGAGGAGGAGAAAGCUCUCUAUACCAAAGACUGAAAAAAAAAUCCUGUCUGUUUUUGUAUUUAUUAUAUGUAUUUAUGUGGGUGAUUUGAUAACAAGUUUAAUAUAAAGGGAUUUGGGAGUUUGGUCAGUGGGGUUGGUUUGUGAUCCAGGAAUAAACCUUGUGGAUGUGGCUGUUUAUGAAA